UGUUGCUCAUUCUACAAUGCCUAUAAAAAACAACCUUGCCAUCUAUGAAGAUGUUUUCAGGCCUGCAGUCCUUGCCUAUGGUAUGUGGGACCAGGUACGAGUAGAUCAUGGCAAGGAGUUUUAUUUGACACUUUUCAUGCAGGAGCUGCUGUCAUCUCACCGCCAUAAUCAGGAGCGAAGGCCAUAUUUACAGACUUCAUCCACAAAGAAUCAUAUAGUUGAACGAAUCUGGCCUGAAGUCAACAAUCGUGUCAACUAUCCACUGAAGACAGCACUUAUGGGGUUGGUGGAUCAAGAGGAAAUAGACAUGAACGACAGCCUUGUGAGAUAUUGUGUGUCCAACCUUACUGGCCGCUUGUGUGAGAUUGGUCUUACAAGGCUGGUGGAGUCAUGGAAUGCUCAUAGAAUUCCAGGUAAAGGAACACCAAAUGACUUGGCUGGCCGUGGGUGUCCCAAAAAAAUCCAACAGGAACUCUUGCCUCAUUCAGCUGAAGCAGCAGACCUUUACAGCCAACAGCUGGGAUCAUCACUGACCAGGCUUUCAACUUUUGGAGUGGAUCCAUUUUCAACUGAACAGGACAAGAUUACAGUUGAGAACCAGUUUGCCGAGCAUUAUUCAGACAUUUCAGAAUUGUAUUCUAGAGCAGUGAACAAUGACUUUGCCCCAUACAAACAGGCAUUGCUCUGUCUUAUAACCACAACUCAGUGCAAUGUGUGAAAAGCCAUUAGCUCUAUUUAACUUGAAGACGGUUAACUUGAAAUUCGUUUGUGUAAAAAUUCAACAUGUUA